UUUCGUCCACUUUCCAUUUAUCCUUCCUUCCUUUUUUGCUUCCUACUCUUGACUUUACUUCCCUCCUUCCUCCUUGAAGUGAAGAGUACUCUUUAAAACUUCAGAUACUCGGAUACUUUUGUUGCCUGGAGGAUCCUCGGUUAAUUGGCUGUGCUGGGUGAGUGUGAGUCACGGCAGUAUUGAGGCUCGGCCCUCCCAGAUGUGGGCCUGGCUGGGCGUCAGUCUGUGCGGGGAGUUCACCGCAGUGAAAUGUGAGCCCGCUCGGCUCGGCUCGGCUCGGCCUGGCUGUAUUUUGGGAUGUUUUACACGGGGCAGGACAAAGACACGUUACCAGGCGGGAGCCCGGCCUGAGCAGAUGUUCCUGCUGUGGGAGGAGGACAAGGAGAAGAACAAGGAGAAGGAGAAGGAGGACGAGAAGGAGCAGCAGGAGCAGGAGCAGCAGGAGAAGGAGGAGAAGGAGAAGGAGGAGAAGGACUUUAUUUGUGCUGAAGAAGAAGAACUCAAAGACGAUAUGGCUGAAGAUGUCUGUGGAUUCUGAUAACUCCUGUGUUUUGCUGUCAUCGCGAGACUCGAGGACUUCCUGCAUCUUCCAGACCGCCGACGAGAAAGAUGACAUCCCAGGAGUGGGAGAGGAGAGUGUUCUGGAGAUGCUGAGCUACUCCAAGUUCUCCGACCUGGAGACAUGGCUGUGCAUGCCGUCCUCGCUGCUGCUGCCCAGGGCUCUGGACUCCACCCGGACCUCCUCCUUCUCCUCCAACUCCUCUUCCUCACAUGCAUCCAACCACUCCUCCCCGCCCAUCUCCUCCUCGUCCUCCUCGUCCUCCCCGGCCUUCAACUCUCGUCGCUCCACCUGCAGCGAGCCGGGAGAGGGCGACACUCCAUCCAGGUCAUCGGAGAGAGAAUGCACCUUCCUCACCCCCGCGUUGGUGAAGGAGAUGCCGUUUCUGGCCACGUCCCUCCUCCCCAUCCUCUCCUCCACGCCAGCCGCCACAGUGCUGAGCCCGGCGACGUCAGCCGGAGACUCCGCCUCCCAGAGCAGGGUCAGCAUCAGGAAACGACGGCGGCUCGCGGCCAGUCCCGGAGGACUCCACUGGAACUCUGCAGGUUCGGUGCAGCGUGACUUCUGGUCACCUGAUCUGUCUCCAGUGUCGAGGGGGACGACAGCAGGAGGUGGAGGUGGAGGUGGAGGUGGAGGUGGAGGUGGAGGUGGAGGUGCGAGGAGCCUCCCCCUGGCUGAAGGAGGCGGGGCAGCGCGGGGAAGCGACCGGGCGGCCUUGAGGAAGACGGUUUCGGUUGACGACCGCUUGCUGCAGCCGGCGGGCGGAGAACAACCACACCUGAGACUGCUGAGUCGGCUGGAGAGAGGCCGGAAGAAGCUCCGCAACAUCCAGAGUCUGGGAACCACGGGCCGAUACGACUCCAGGAAAAAGUCGGACAGUAAGAUCUCUCGGUUGGCCCAGAGGUUGAACCAGAGGCCGGUGGGAGAUGGUCUGAUCCUGAAGCCUCUGUUUUACACGGGAAUCCCCCGAUCAGCAGUGAGCCUGGACAGCAGACACCUCCCACUCGUCAUGACCCAGCAGAUGCAGAACCUGCAGUUGUCUCAGACCAGGAAGUGUCCUGGUGGGCCGGCCUCGCCGAGCGCCGCCAAGCGCCUCUACAGGAACCUGUCGGAGAAGCUCCGGGGAAGCACCUCCUCCUUCGAGGACACCUACUUCUUCGGCAAGACGGACCGCCUCCGCAAAGCCUCGACCAUGCAGGGCAGCGACUGUAUCUUCGAGGCGGUGGAGCAGCAGGACCUGGACACGGUGCAGAUUCUUCUCUACCAGUUCUCGGCCGAGGAGCUGGACCUGAACACGCCCAACAGUCAGGGCCUGACGCCGCUCGACAUCGCCAUCAUGACCAACAACACGCCCAUCGCCAAGCUGCUGCUGAAGGCCGGCGGCAAGGAGAGUCCACACUUUGUGAGCGUGGAGAGUCGGGAGGCCCACCUGAGCUCUCUGGUGGUGGAGGCCGAGCUCCGGGCGGCCGACCUGGCGGCUCAGGCGCAGCGAGACGGCCUCUCAUUGGAGGCCUGCCACAAGGACAAACAGCUGAGAGCCUGGGAGUGGAGGAGCAAGCUGUACAAACGCAUGAAGACCGGCUUCCAGCACGCACGUGCCCCGGAGGCCCCGUCUAUGGUCCGUCUGAGCGUGAGCAGUAGCACCACGCUGACCGUCACCUUCCAGGAGCCGCAGUGUCUGAACUCCACCGUGGUGACCAAGUACAGAGUCGAGUGGAGCUGCCUGAAGGAUUUCUCGCUGCUCGCUGGAGAGUUGGUGUUGGAUAAUCUGCAGAGCCUCAAGUGCAUCAUCAGCAGCCUCACCACGGGUCGGGUGUACUACGUCCGGGUGUCAGCCUACAACAUGAAGGGCUGGGGUCCACCCGCCUGCUCCCUGCCUCCAUCUGCUGCUCCCUCCAAUUGGAGGGAGAGCGACGGUCGAGAGCCCAGGAGACGAGGACACAUCGAGGCCAUGGAGCGUCUGCUGCAGCAAGUCCGAGCCACUCACACUCACUACUGCUGUGGAGACACGAAGCUGCAGAACCCGAGCAGGAAGCAGUCGGUCUCCAGGAGCCUCAAACAUCUCUUCAACUCCUCCAACAAGUUCGUGAAAACACUGAAAAGAGGGAUCUACCUGGCCGCUGUGUUCUACCACAAAGACAGUUUGCUGGUGACGGCCGAGGACCAGGUCCCCAUCGUGGAGGUGGACGACUCCUACAGCAGCUCGCUCAUGCAAGACUUCCUGUGGUUCACUAAGCUGUCCUGUAUGUGGGAGGACGUCCGGUGGCUGAGACAGAGUAUGUCGGUGUCGAUGUCAUCGUCCUCCACCCUGCAGGCCAGACACAAGAUGCUCACCGCCGCCAGCCAGCUGCAGAGCCUUCUGGGAACUCACAACCUGGGCCGGGUCCACUACGAACCCAUCAAGGAUCGCCAUGGCAACGUGCUGCUGGUGACCAUCCGCGACAUGGAGAGCCAACACUCGCUGUUCAGCGGGAAGUGGAUGCAGGUGACCAAACUGCAGAGCCAGAGGAAGUCUCUGUCCACACCUGAGGAGCCGUACGCCCUCGACAUCCUCAUCAUCACCAUACAGGACAUUUUGGCGUACCAGCGGCGCGGCACUCACCGGCUGGCCCCGGGUCUCUACCUGGGCUUCCUGAAGCUCAGCAGCUCCGUGGACCAGAUCAGAGUCCUGGUGUCGCAGCGGACUCCCAACAUGCUCUGUCACACCCGUGUACGUGACAACGCCAACGUGUCCAGGGAGGAGUGGGACUGGAUCCAGACGCUGUCGGCGGCCAGAGAGAAGGAGCCCAGCGGGGAGGAGAGCGAGGAGGCGGGGCACAGGCCGGAGAGCAACGCCCCUUUACUGUACUACGAGCUGCAGACGGCGAUCAAGUCUCUGCUGAAGCACAUCAACCUACCUCUGCACCAGGCCCGUCACUUCCGUCUCUACAGUCAGGAGGUGGUGGAGCUCGGGCACGGCGUCUCCUUCCUGCUGCUGCUGCCGGCGGCCGACAACGUUUGCUCCGCCCCCGGACAGUCCAACCCCUACACCCCCCUGUCAGGGUUCCUCCACCUUCCUCUGCAGAUGUUCGAACUCGGUCACUUCUGCACCUACAAAGAGAAGUUCAUCAGUCUGUACUGCCGCCUGUCGUCCGUGCUCGACCUGGACGCACUCAUUACCCAGCAGGCACUGCGAGAAGCCAUCACCGACAGCGAGGUGACCACGGCUAAACAGAGACACCAGCUGAUCCUGGACUACAUCCAGCAACUGGACGAGAUGCGUCGAGAUCUCCGCUGGAUCACGGACGCUCUGCAGUACGCUCGCUACAAGCAGCCUCGUGGCGGUGUACCUAUCACCUGCCUGGUGGACGCCAACGCUCCAGAAAGCGACUCUGGCCAGCAGAAGACCGACUCCACCUCCUCGACCAUGGACUACCUGCCCACACCUUCCCCCUCACCCGAGCUCCGCAGGAGGAAAGCCAUCAGCGACACUCUGCUGGGCUCAGAUGAAGACGGGUCCUCGGAGGUUUUCCUGCCCACAGACAGCGACUACGACUCGAGCGACGCCCUGAGCCCCCGCGAGCUGGACCUGCUCUACUCUCCGGCCCAGGAUCUAUCCCAGCAGGCCGUGCACUCACUGGGCGGCAGCGCCCCGGAUGUGCUCCAGAUCCACGAGCUCAGGUACAGCGUCUGCCCGCCCAAAGACCUCCCCCUCUCCCCGGGGGUGAAGGAUCCUCUCUCCUCACCCCUCCUCCCUCACUCCCCCUCUCUCUUCUCUCCCUCCGGCCUGCCUCGCUCUCCCUCCCUCUCCAGGACCCUCCCCACCUCCCCCUCCAUCCCCCUGUCCCCCAGGUUCUCCAAAGACCUCCCUCUGUCCCUCCCCCUCUCCCCGGCACUGUCCGACACCACCAAGACUCUGGAGGGCCUCUCCCUGUCUAAGAGCCACCAGGAAGGCAUCACUCCCCUGAGGGCCCUCGCCAACCCCCCUGCCAAACGCAAACUUCUCUCCAGGAGCCACCGGGGUCAGUACUUCAGCGGGCCCCAGCGCUGGCUCCGGGGCCACAGCGGGGAGAGUCACACCGGCUCUUUAUCUGAGGGCGUCUACACCAAGCAGAUCGACCCAGACCUGCCUCUUCCCGAGGACCUGACCUCCGUCCAGGGCACCACCUACGUCAGCCACGCCUCCUGCGUUCUCGAGAGCCGGAAGGGCCGACACCGUGAGGCCCGGCCCCACGUCCGCAGGAUCUUUGUGGAGCCCUGUAAGGAGCUGUCACCAGGCCACGAGAGGAGAGGCUGGGAGGACGAGGACGAGGAGGCGAAGGAGGAGGUGAACGCUGCUGGUGUGUCGGUGGUCGUGGCACAGGUGGAGUCUGGAGGGGAGGAGCCAGGAGGGGCCUCCACACAGGAGGUGGACUCGGACGACCAAACAAACGCCCAGGUGUCAGAGAUCCUCAGCAGCACGCUGUAGAGUCUGACGGCAGCUGAGGAGGCAGCAGUGACGAUUGGCCGGCCUUGUCAUGGCGAGCAGUCCUCAGACCUCUCCGUAGAUUAUAAACUAAACUAAAGUUGCUGGUUCAACUCCACCUCGCCUCGGAGCCCAUGGCAUCGACUGUUACAAAGAAAAUAAUCAAUGCAACAACGAACCGAGCACUGCUUCUCCGACCAGGAACUUUGCACACUUGGACGCUGGUUUGAAACGUAACUUCUGUUUUCUAGUUCAGUUGAACUCAAAUGAAAUUGUUGGAAACGUUUUUUGUGGCCGUCUUCAGAGCAUGGAUCUCCUACUUGAAGUGAAUGUACAGUUUGGUGCUCGUGUCCUGUGACGAUCGAGUCUUUCAGUCGAUGUUAUUUUGAGCGGCUCUUAUCGGGGUCGUAAUGUGGUCCAAUAAACCUGUGGUCAGUUCAAAGAUUAUGU